UAUCUCCAAGGAAAACUCGAAUAAUACAGUGAAAAACCUUCAUCUCAUUUCAAGUAGCUAAGGGUGGGUCAGCAACAUUCAUCAAGAUGCAACAAGCACUUCCUUACAGGUCAUGGUUAACUGAAAAUACAUCAACAAGUCGCUCGACAUCCAUGAACGAGGGAUUGAAAUCAGGAAGACCAGCAGACGUGGUUGUCCAUCAUCCUAAAGCGUUAGAAGAAGCAACAAAAGAAAGAAAUAUUAAAAUUAAUAUGAAUAAGACGAUGGUAAAGAGUAUGGUAACGGAGAACGCGGUGAUCAUAUUUGGUAGACGUGGUUGUUGUAUGUCUCACGUGGUGAAACGUUUACUUCUAGCCUCCGGCGUUAAUCCGGCUAUUUAUGAGGUAGAUCGAGAAGAAGAUGAAGUUGUUCUCAUCCAUGAAUUGAGAGAAUUUGCCACCGAUGAGGAAAGUACUAGUAUUAAUAGGGGUGAUCAAUUCCCAGCAGUGUAUAUAGGAGGCCAUUUAUUUGGGGGAUUGGAGCAGCUCAUGGGUGCUCAUAUUUCAGGUGGAUUGAUACCCAUACUGAAGAAAGCAGGGGCCUUGUUGCUUUAGUUAGUUAAUAUUCCUUUCUCUUUUUGUCUAGUUUUCCAUAUUUGGCGAUCUUGUGGACGAUAGUUUGAAGAUUUUUGUGAUUGUUCCUGU